AUGACGACCCCGAACGCGCAGUCGCACUUGAUCAACUAUCCGUGCAGCGUUUGCUGCCAGGCAACUUCCCUCUGGUGCUCCCGCUGCCAGGCUUCGUGGUACUGCUCUGCGGAGCACAUGUCCCAGGACUGGCCCAGACAUCGACGCGAGUGCAUCCCUAUUAACGCGCCGGGCGGCAAUGCGGUCAUCCCGACACCGCCGCUCGCUCAGCCUCAGAUCACCACUGUGUCCGCGAUCUACUUCCACCCAGACGAAGACCGGCCGCGUAUCAUUCCGCUUCACUGUCAGCCACCCGCCACACCCACGCAGGGCGUCUGUCCGACUCCGCUCGUGGCAGAGUACUUCCCAGGAAACCACGUACAGAACGUCGUGUUGACGCAAGGUCUCAACGGCGAGCCACUCCGCUUCCCGUUGCAUCUAUGGUAUUCUCCCGGCGCGCUGCAAGCCGGUGUCGCGAUCAACCGUGCGAUCUAUCGCAUCACAUCUGGCGCGGCAGCAAGACCAUGGUGCGGGCCUGUCAUUGUACUCAAGUACAGUGGCUCGCGUCGGCAGGGGUACGCGGACGCAGGCAGUAACGACCUUCCGGCGCUCAGCGCGUACUUCCUCGCAUACAAGUGA